CUCUGGAACUGGAGUUACAGAGAGUUGUGAGCUGCCAUGUGGGUGCUGGGAAUUGAACCUAGGUCCUCUGGAAGAGCAGCCACUGCUCUAAGCCACUGAGCCCCCCAAACCAAACCAAUUGUUUGGAAAGCAAUUUGGAGGAAUAAGUGGCAAUAGAUGAGGUGGCAGAUAGAUAACAAGGUGAUGGAGUCUGUGGGGACAGAUGGCUUCAAGAUUUUCAGGGGGCAAGAAGAGAUGAGCUUGAUCUAGUGCUGGGAGACAUUUAAAAGCAGCCAGCUUGUAAAUGGUUAACAGCUGGAAAGAAAAUGGAAGGGGCUUAGAAAGAAAGAGGACAUUGGUGAAUAUGAGGAUACAGGUGUGGUACUGAGUACCCUGUGGGGUAGAUACCGGUGUCCCGAGAGAGGGACAAUCCGGGGAAUGGAAGAAGUGGCAUAGGAGACAGAGGCCUUCAGAGUCUGCGCAAUGUGUAACCAGUCUUUGCUCUGGCAUUUGUGUGAACGCCCUCCACCUCAAAGUACCAACUUCUGAAAGAGCUAUAGGCUCUAGUCAGUCCCAAGGAAGGGCUCACCCACGUUCUGGGCAGGCAAAAAGUCGGGCAGGCGAAGGCAUUAAUGCUCCCAAACAGCUCUCCACAUAUAAUUGAUGGAAAGUGAAGAUGAAGAUGAGUUCCUUCCUUCCCCUUGCCCUUGUGAGCAGUUAACAAUGUGAGGUCCCAGAUCCCCAGAAGGAUUUGGUCCCAGUGUCUGGUAACACCUCCUUUACUGGCUGCUUUUCUUGGUGUUUCUUGCUACUCCUCUGCUGGGGCUUCCUGGCUCCACCUCCCACACUAACUUACAAGCACUUGUGUCAUUGUUUCGAGAUCUUCUUUUGGAAAAUUAAGAUAAACACUGUACAAUAAAGGGGGGCGAAGCACCGAGAAGGCACAGACAACUGCAAGGAGUGUUCCCCAGGGUUCUGAAUGCUCAUAAGAUAGGAUGGGCCAAGGUUUGAGUCGGAGGUAGGUGCGUCUUUGUCACAUCAAUUUGCUAUCAUGACCUAGCCAACUCUGUACCCUGAAGAUGGAUAGUCACCAGGCCUCAGAUUAGUCCCAGUCAGGAUAUAUAGGAUUAGGCAGAGAGACCAUGGCCUCUGGCUGGUUUAGCUCACCUGCUGAGAUCUAACCAAGAAUAACGUAGCUCUCUGUAAAGAAGGGCCGGAUAGGUCCUAAGGCUGUACAAUAGUCUCCUCCACCCCACCUGCUAGUAGUCUCAGGAUCUAUUCUGCAGCUGGCUUUAUGUCAUGGCUGUGUCCUGGUUAAGACAGGCCAGCUGGGCUCCCCAACCAGAGGCCCAGGCUACAGCCCCAGUGGCCUCCAGGGGGCGCCGCUGAAAAGCUGGUGGUUGGGCACCUCCAAGCUCAGUUGUGAUGGGCGGGCUCCGACCCCUUAAGGCCCCAGGUUCCACUGGCUAUCUCCUGCUGAAUGCACCCAGAGUGGAUCUAACACAAAACGACACCCACCUCCGAUCUCAUCAUACCGGUGCUGUGUUGAUCGCCACUGCCUCAUUUCUAUCAUCGCCCCAGCCCUAGCCAGAGCCAGCGUCAGCGGAGGCGGAACAGCGGACCCCGUGUCCUGGCGACAUCAGAGAUCCAGCGGGUGAAGGCAAGGUCCCUUGGACUGGUCAGACACACGCUUACAGCCCUGGCAGAAUCAGGAUGAGGCCCUAUCGUGUCUCCCCAGUGAGGCCCACAGCCUAAGCAGACAGCAUGGCCUGCCACUGGCAGUGAGCAACAUGGCUGCAGGAGGUGGCCGGGCCUUUGCUUGGCAGGUGUUCCCCCCCAUGCCCACUUGCCGGGUAUAUGGCACAGUGGCACACCAAGAUGGGCACCUGUUGGUGUUGGGGGGCUGUGGCCGGGCUGGGUUACCCCUGGACACAGCGGAGACCCUGGACAUGUCCUCACACACGUGGCUAGCCUUAGCACCCCUGCCCACUGCCCGGGCUGGUGCGGCUGCUGUGGUUCUGGGUAAGCAGGUGCUAGUUGUGGGUGGCGUGGAUGAGGCCCAGAGCCCAGUAGCUGCUGUGGAGGCCUUCUUGGCUGACGAAGGCCGCUGGGAGCGUCGGGCUACCCUCCCUCAAGCAGCCAUGGGGGUUGCGACUGUGGAGAGAGAUGGUAUGGUGUAUGCUCUGGGGGGAAUGGGUCCUGACACGGCCCCCCAGGCCCAGGUUCGGGUAUAUGAGCCCCGCCGGGACUGCUGGCUUUCACUACCCUCCAUGCCCACACCCUGCUACGGGGCCUCCACCUUCCUGCACGGGAACAAGAUCUAUGUCCUGGGAGGCCGCCAAGGCAAGCUCCCAGUGACUGCUUUUGAAGCUUUUGAUCUGGAGACCCGUACAUGGACCCGACACCCAAGCCUGCCCAGCCGCCGAGCCUUUGCUGGCUGUGCUAUGGCUGAAGGCAGUGUCUUUAGCCUGGGUGGCCUGCAACAGCCUGGGCCCCACAAUUUCUACUCCCGUCCACACUUCGUCAACACUGUGGAGAUGUUUGAUCUGGAGCAUGGGUCCUGGACCAAGCUGCCUCGUAGCCUGCGAAUGAGGGAUAAGAGGGCUGACUUUGUGGUGGGCUCUCUUGGGGGCAACAUUGUGGCCAUUGGAGGCCUUGGGAACCAGCCAUGCCCUCUGGCCUCCGUGGAGAGCUUCAGUCUUGCACGGCGACGCUGGGAGGCACUGCCUGCCAUGCCUACAGCCCGAUGCUCCUGUUCCAGUCUACAGGCUGGGCCCCGGCUGUUUGUUAUUGGGGGUGUGGCCCAGGGCCCCAGUCAAGCUGUGGAGGCACUGUGUCUGCGUGAUGGGGUCUGAAGGCCUAGUGAGACCUUGUCUGCAGAGCAGCUCAGUAUAGAAGCAGACUGGGCUCCUUUUUGCUGCUGAGGGUGCUCCCCAUGAGGGAGCCAUGGGAGAGGGCAUCUGAGUUACCAGCUUAGGGACAGGGGUUGGAGGAGCCUUUGUCUUUAGCACAGGACACACAUGUCACACCUAUUUUUUACCACCGUCCACUCACAACCAUAGCUGGCUCCACCCAUGCCUAACACUUACUAGGCCCUCUGUCAACUUGGAAGUGUGACAAGGAGAGCAUUGGCCUCACAGGAUAGGCCCAAGAGUUGACCAGGCCUUCUCCAGGGCCAUUCUGGAAAAGUCUGAGCUUCCAGCCUUCUCUGAGGGUCCCUAUGGACCCAAGGAGUCUUCUGAGGCUGGAGAUCAUAGAAGCAGUGGAGAGAAUAUGGGGACCGCCUGAGGGAGGGCCAGAGGACUGCUGACUCUGUGCCCUCCAUACUGAUGGCUGUAUGACCUGGGGCAGGACGUCCCACCUCUCUGUGCCUCAGCAUCCUCAUUUGUAAAUGGGGAUCUCUGAAACUUUCCCGCCCCACCUACCUCACAGGGCUGUAGUGAGGACCCAGGGAGUUUUGAUGUAGAAAUAAAAAUCUUGAUGACAUCUGGCA